GUGACCGGAUGCAGCAGUUGAUCCAGCAAGCAAUGAGUGAAAUCUCCAAGAAGACGUGCAUCAGCUUCGUCAAGAUGAACUUGUCGCACGACCAUGUGGUGAACAUCAUGCAAGGGAAAGGAUGUUACUCGACCGUGGGCAGACAACCGAGCUCGCCGUUCGAGAAAACCAAGUUCCAGGACCUGUCCCUAGCCGAGCCUGGCUGCGACCAGCUCACCACCGUCCUACACGAGCUCAUCCACGCCAUCGGCUUUGGACAUGAGCACGCCAGAUGGGACCGAGACAACUACAUCUAUAUCGACUACGAUAAAGUCAAGCCAAGCAUGCGCGCUAAUUUUGCUAAGUCGACAAGGCCUGUGUUCGCGGGAUGGGAGAGAUUCCCCUACGACUACAAGUCGAUAAUGCAUUACGGCGGCUCUGCCUUCAGCGUCGACGGGUCUCCUACGAUGAUCCCUCUGCUGCUUGGCGCGCAGCUCGGCAACUCCAAGGGCAUGACUGAG